GAAAAGUGAAGACCACCUACACAGACAAGCCUUCCCAAUCUCUCUCUCUCUCUACAAACUCUCUCUUACUAGUCGCCGACUUACCAAGACCGUUCAGAUUCUGAUCUCCGGCGUUAAUAUCGGUUUGUUCGGAGAGUCGUUCCCCAAUGACAGCUGAGGAGCUAGAUUUCAGGGGUCUGAAAAUGUCCGAAACCUCACAAAUUCUCUCUCUCUAGUUCCAUUGCUUUAAAGUGAGCUUUUUUUCAUUCGAUUUUGACCGUUGUAAUCGUACUGUGUUCGCCGGAGACACUUCGCAGCUUGUUAUCGGCGACUCAUCGUUCUGGUUUCCCAUCAAUUUUCCGAGCUUUGAGCUGAUUUCGGAACACGGGUUUCGAUAAUUAGCCUCUUUGUGAAUCUGGGUUUCUUUUGGGUCAGAGAUUAAUCAUAAUCUAUUAGGUGUGAACAGUGAAAGCAAGAUUGACUGGCAGAUAGAGAGAGAGAGCUUCAUUCGAAACCCUAGAAAAGCAAUUCCAGAAGUUUCUUCACCUUAAAUGCCCUAGAUUUCAUCCCUUUGGUACCAACUUCAUCACGAUGUCAGCCGAAUUAGAUAACUCGUCGGCGAUGAACGGUUCCACCGCUUCCGGCGAAGCCAGCGUCUCUUCCUCCGGCAAUCAAGCCGAACCUCCGAAGCUUGCGAUGAAGAAGAAGCGAAACCUCCCCGGAAUGCCAGAUCCGAACGCAGAGGUGAUUGCUCUGUCUCCGAAGACUCUGAUGGCGACGAAUCGAUUCGUCUGCGAAAUUUGCAACAAAGGGUUUCAGCGAGACCAGAAUUUGCAGCUCCAUCGGAGGGGACACAACCUUCCAUGGAAGCUGAGGCAGAGGUCAAGCAAGGAGGUCCGGAAGCGAGUCUAUGUCUGCCCCGAACCGUCGUGUGUUCACCACGAUCCGUCGCGAGCAUUGGGCGAUCUCACGGGGAUAAAGAAGCAUUUCUGUAGAAAGCAUGGGGAGAAGAAGUGGAAGUGCGACAAGUGUUCGAAGAAAUACGCAGUCCAGUCCGAUUGGAAGGCUCAUUCGAAGAUUUGUGGAACCAGAGAGUACAAAUGCGAUUGCGGAACUAUGUUUUCAAGGAGGGAUAGUUUUAUCACACACAGAGCAUUUUGUGAUGCAUUAGCAGAGGAGAGUUCCAAAGCACUGACAGUAGUGGCAACACCAAAAGCAGAAGAAGUCCCAAAACUUCCACCAGCAGCUUCAUCACCACCACCACCGCCGCAGCCACUACCACUACCACCGCCACCAGCUGCAACAACAGGUCUUCCUCAGUCAACGGCUGUUAUAUCUUCAGUAAUGCCAAUUCAGAGUACAGAAUUGCCAGAGAAUCUUAAUUCUACAAAGAUGUUAGAAGAUAAGCCAUUAACACCUGGGUUAACUGGAAGCUGUAGCAAUAGUAGUAUGUCAAGCAGCAAUGGAAGUACAAGCAGUAGUGUAUUUGCAAGCUUAUUUGCUUCAUCGACAGCUUCAGCAAGUUUACAACCUGAAACACAUGGUUUUACCGACUUAAUCCACUCCAUGGCUCGUUCUGAACCUACACCCGACCUUGCACCGCCCUCGUCCAUGGAACCCAUUUCCCUCUGCCUUGCAACCAAUCACGGGUCAUCAAUUUUCGGAACUGCAGGGCAAGAACGUCGGCAAUAUGCACCGCCGCCUCAGCCGACAAUGUCUGCAACAGCAUUACUACAGAAGGCUGCUCAGAUGGGUGCUGCAGCAACAAAUGCAUCAUUGCUGAGAGGGUUUGGGAUUGUUUCUUCUUCUUCAUCUUCAGCAGGACAGCAAGAGUGGCACCGGCAGCAAAUUGAGCCGGGGAGUGCAUCACUGGCUGCAGGGCUUGGACUUGGACUUGCCUGCGACGGGGGUUCUGGUCUUAAGGAAUUGAUGUUGGGAACUCCAUCUGUUUUUGGUCCCAAGCAGACUACGCUUGAUCUUCUCGGGUUGGGCAUGGCUGUUGGCGGCGGCCCAACUAGCGGGUUAUCGGCACUAAUGACCUCCAUUGGAGGCGGCCUUGAUGUUUCAACCGCAGCUGCAUCAUUCAAUGGUGGAGAAUUACCUGUCAAAGACAUAGGUAGGAGCUCAUGACAUGAAUGAGGUAGUUGAAGUUGUUUUGGAGAGAAAAAAAAGCAAAGACUUUUUCCCUUUUGAUGUAGGUGUAUAUUGUGCAAGAGCAAGGGGGGUGUUGGUGGUUAAUUUAUGUCGCUGAUGAAACAUUGAUUAGAUAUAUGAUGAUAUCAAUGCCCCAAAAUGUUUUCUUAUGGAGGUAAGUCUUAGAUGUAACUAUAGGCAAUUGGAUCUUAUAUUCUGUUAUGCAGCCUUUUUUUAAUAGAAGUGCAAAAACAACUUUGUUUAUGUAAUGUAAAAGUAGCAUAUGGUCCCAAAUCCCCCUUUUAGUUUAA